UAAAAACGAUAUUGGAUAUUGGAUAUUGGAAGGUUUUUGGCGCAUUGGUUCGCUUCGGUGGCUACCUUUCUAGGGGCGCGAGGUUGCCUGGAAUAAUCUCGUUGAGUUGUGUUUCACAAUAACUUAUACUCACUCACGAAAUGUUGGAUUGUGUGAAGCGCUUUUCAGUCAGUUCUACACUUAAUAACAAUUAUAAGGACUUUGGGAAGGGUCAUUUAUUUGACAAAAAUCCUGAAACUUGUUGGAAUUCUGAUCAUGGUAGCCCCCAGUGGAUCCACCUUGAACUGCAUGAAGUACAUCGCCUUACCACAUUCAGAAUACAAUUCCAAGGAGGAUUUUCAAGUACAGAGGUUAUAAUUGAAGGUUGGGACGGUGAUGAGAAAGACAAAUAUACAUUUCUAGUUUACCCUGAAGACAACAGUUCACUUCAGUCAUUUAAUGUUCAGUUACCCAGAAAAUGUUGCAAUUAUCGCUUUGUCUUCAACAAAUCUUCAGAUUUAUAUGGUCGUAUAAUAAUAUAUCACCUAGAACCUGCAUUUGAGUAACUGCUAAUUUGUAUUUUUAAACAUCUCGCACGUGAAUGCGAAUUUUUUAAUGGCUGAAACCUCCAUUGUUCCUAUCAGAAUUCUCCUAGCAGUAUUUCGUAAAUAUUGCCUCCUGACUACACUCUUUAGGUAACAAAGUCUAAAUAUGCUUCCCCUGUAUUAAAACUACACAAAAUAUGCGAAUAACGUGAAAACUCCGUAAAUAACUGAACUAUUAGUUAACUAAAACCGAACUAGUAACCGAAACAUUUUUCCCGCUUGACUAGCAAUUCAUAAGGGAUCACUGAAUCAUGAAUAGCAAAAUAAUGCUGUGUAGAUAUCUCAAAAGUAAACAAGUUCUGCCGAAUGGGGAAGAUAUGUCCAAC